CUCUUUGUUCGCUCAGAGCCUCGACGUGCGUAGAGAGGUGGAAAAUGUCAGCCGUGCGGCUGCUGCGGGUGUCGGUACAUGAGUGGAUCAGCGCUGCCGCUGAGGACUUUCUGCUGCAGGUGGAGAAAGGAGGAUGGCCCAUGAAGGCUCAUGUCCCGGAGCUGAGAGCGAUGCUCACCGUGCGGCUCGCGGCGGCGGGGGAUGAGAUCCUCACGGGGCUUGAGGAAACCUUGGCAGAGUACGAAGACCGAGUGGAGCAGUCCGAGCGGGAGAUCUGCAGCCAGAGGAGGCUGCUCGAUGCCGCGAUGCAGCCAGUAGUCCGGCUGCACAGAGCAGUGUGUCCUGCAGACGUCCAGCAACUGAUGGUGAAUAAACAAGAGGUUCCCCCUGAGCAGCAGCAGUGGAGCCCCCUUGUGGAGCAGGAGGACCCAGAGCCCCCACACAUUAAAGAGGAACAGGAGGAACCCUGGAUCAAUCAGGAUGGAGAGCAACUUCAAGGACUGGAUGGGGAUGAUAUCAAGUUCACAUUGACUCCUGUCGCUGUGAAGAGUGAAGAAGUUGAAGAGAAACUUAAAUCGUCAAAGCUUGAUCCAAGUGAGACGACGGAGAACAGAGCGGACUGUGGAGGACCAG